UCGCCCUUUUCUUUAUUUAAAUCCUAUCACAAGAAGCAAUAAAAAAAAUUCGAAAUAAAAGAACACAAACAUCUCUCUCUUCUGGCAUCGCAAUCGUGGAAUGAGAAGGUUUCCGCGCCUUCUCCUCCGCCGCCACCAUGCCAGCCACUCCUCCCUCCGCCGAUCUGAUCCUCCGCCGCCUCGCCUCCUCCGAUACUGAAAUCAAGCUCAAAGCCAUUCGAGAGGUCAAGAACCAGAUCAUCGGAAACCGCACCAAAAAGCUCUCCUACAUCAAGCUCGGCGCCGUCCCCGCCCUCGCCUCUGCUCUCGCCGAAGCUGACGCCGCUUCCGCUUCCGGCUCCAGCCUCAUCGUCCAGUCCGCCGCCGCGCUCGGCAGCUUUGCCUGCGGCGUCGACGCCGGCGUCCGCGCCGUCCUCGACGCCGGAGCUUAUUCUCAUUUAAUCAGGCUCCUCUCCGCCGCUGACAACAAGGUUGUGGAUGCUGCUGCACGUUCUUUACGAAUGAUUUAUCAAUCAAAACUAGCUCCAAAGUAUGAUUUUUUUAAAGAGCAAGACAAACAUUUUCUUCUUUCACUAUUGGAAAGUGGGAAUGAAAAUCUUACUGGACUAGGUACAAGCAUUGUUAUUCAUUCUUGUGAGACAAGCGAUGAACAAAAAAUAUUAUGCUCUGAUGGUGCUUUAGAAAAACUUAUUAGCCUUCUUGAUGGUUCUCUAAGCCAGCGAGAUUCUAGUUUAGAGUCUGUUGCCACAAUUCUUAAAAACAAUCCAGAGGUUGUAUCUAAAUUUGUGGACCUUCAAAAUGGAAGAUCUUUGAGUUCAGUAAUCGAAUUAACCAAGGACAGAUAUCCUCGAACAAGGUUAUUAGCAUGCUCGUGCCUGAUUUGUGUAAAGAAUUCAUCUUUUGCCUAUCUUCAAGAUGUAGGAAUCAAAAGCAAAUUGAUAUAUAUUUUACUUGAGCUCCUUGAUGAUUCUGGUCAAGUUGGAGAUGAUGCUUCCUUUGCUUUUUCAAGUUUAGUUGCGGAAAAAGAAGAUUUGCAGAGGUUAGCAUUUGAGGCAAAUGCUAUUGAUAAGUUCUACGAUCACUUGCAAAAUCGCGCUUUACAUCCCAAACGCCUCGAAGGGAUAUUUCUAGCCUUGGCACAUCUUUGCUCAAAAUUGGAGUGCUGCAGGUCUAUGUUUGUUUCAUUGCAGGUCGUAAAUAUAUUACUUGAUGCCUUAACACAUGCUGAUGCAAAUGUGCGCACUGCAGCUUGUAUUUGCUUAAAAAGUGUCUCUCGCUCAGUCAAGAUUUUGAGUGCAGGUUAUUUCAUGAAUGAAAGGAUUAUGGCUCCUUUGAUUCGGCUUCUAUCUGAUCCUUCUACUUCUGUCCAAGUUGCUGCCCUUGGUGCUAUUGGCAACAUAGUGGUUGACUUUACACCACAGAGGUCAACAUUCACGCAAUGUGGAGGUAUUAAGGAGCUUGUUCAAUUGACAAAGUCUAUGGAUGCAUCUUUACGGUUAAAUGCUGUAUGUGUCUUGAAGAACACAGUAUUUCAUGCGGACAAAAUGUGUAAGGAAGGAAUUUUUAUGGAGUUGACAGUAUCUUCUUUAGCUAGCCUUAUCUGUGAUCCUGAGCCUUCUGUUCAAGAACAAGCUCUGACCCUUAUGCGCAAUCUUGUUGAUGGAAGCAUGGAUUGUGUUGAAUAUGCUUUUGCUGGAGGUGGUAUCAUACUGGAUGCUGUUGGAAGGCAAUUGCAAAAAUUUUCAAAAUUUGGAAUUGGGAUACAGGCAAUGUACUUACUCGUCAAUAUUGCAAGCGGAAAUGAGACUCAUAAAGAUGCCAUCAUGCAGCUACUCUUUUCACAAGCAGAAAAUGUGUCUCACUCUUUCUUCAGCCGGUUUUUACGGAGCUCUGAUAAUAUUUUACGCACAGCUGCUGUUUGGAUCAUAGUAAAUCUCACUUCUCUUGCAAGUCCCGGUGCAAUUGAUAGGAUUGUGAAACUGCAUAAUGUUGGCAUUGUAUCUCAAAUAAAGAGGAUGGCCAACGAUCCUUGCAUGGAUGUGAAGCUUCGUGCAAAACAAGCACUUGGGCAGAUUGCUACUCUUGGUGAUAGUUAAUUGUAAUCAGUUGCUCCAUUCGAUGCCCAUGGGCUGCAGGCAAAGAGAAAUCUGAUGGAAUUUAUGUUCUCCCAAUUCCCAACUUAUAUGUCAUGUGUAUCCAGCCUUCUGCUUCAGCAUCAAGUAUGGUAGGUGUAUAAAAUUACUUUUAUUUUUUUGAACCAGUCAGAGCAGUGUGAAAGCUUUUCAAUUUUGUAAGCACUCCUGACCAGGUUACCCCAAAGUCUCUUUCUCUUCUGCCCAUAUUGUGAAUUUCCUUUUGUAAGUUGGAAGAUCAAAGUAGAUUUACAGGCUUUAGUAUUGUACUAUAUGAGUAUUAAAUGUCAAAUUUAGAACUUAGUUUCGACUCUCUUCUGAUUCUGGUAUGUUGACAAAUGAUGGAAAUGUAUGUGCAAGCAAAUGUCAAGGAGUAGUGAUUGAGGAAUAUUCUUGCAUGUCUU